GGAAAACGGCCGAGCUCGCUGCGUUGAAAACCUGAGCUUCUCUUGCCUAGUAUAGUAGCAUGGGGAGCGAUCAGCUAGGCCUCCAGUACGCAGCUCUCUGCUGCGCGACGCUGAUGGUUGGGUGGUUGCUGCAUUGGGUGUACAGGUGGGUGAAUCCCCCGUGCAUUGUCGGCAAGCUCCCUCCUGGCUCCAUGGGCUUCCCCGUUGUUGGCGAGACCUUCCAGCUGUUCAAAGCCAGUCCUUCCAUGGACAUCCCCAGCUACUACCGGGACCGACUCAAGCGGUAUGGUCCUGUGUUCAAGACCAACCUGGUGGGGCAGCCUCUGGUGGUCUCCCUGGACCCGGAGUUCAACAGGUUCAUUUUCCAGCAAGAGGGCAAGCUGUUCCGGCUCUGGUACCCGGAGACGGCCAACAACAUCUUCGGCAAGAAGAGCGUCACCACGUACAGCGGCACCGUCCACAAGUUCAUCCGGAGCUUCUCCUCGAAGCUCUUCGGCGCCGAGAGCCUCAAGGAGGUGCUCAUCGGAGAGCUGGAGGACGCCAUGAGGCAGGGCUUCGCCUCGUGGGCCGCCAGGCCGAGCAUCGAGGUGAAGGACAGCGUGGCAGAUAUGAUAUUUGAUCUGGUCGCCAAGAAGAUGGUCAGCAUCGAACCCGUCGAGUCUCGAGAGUUGAGGAAGAAUUUUGAAGACUUCUUCCAAGGGAUGCUCUGUUUCCCAAUAUACUUUCCCGGGACAUCAUUUUACAAGUGCAUGAAGGGAAGGAAAAACGUGCAAAAGAAAUUGACCGGUCUGCUGCAAGAUCGGCUACGUACACCUGGGAAGAAACACGGUGACCUUCUCGACCUACUUGUCGAGGAACUAGGAAGUGAAAAGCCGGUGAUAGACGAGGCUUUUGCUAUAGAUGCACUUGCUGCGCUCUUUUUUGGCAGCUUCGCGACAAUAUCAGCAACCCUCACCUUAGGUCUUAAGUUGCUCACAGACAACCCUAAAGUCGUCGAAACGCUCAAGGAGGAGCAUGAAGAAAUACUGAAGCAACGAGGAGACAAGAAUUCUGGGUUCACAUGGGAUGAGUACAAGUCCUUGGCAUUCACUACUCAGGUUAUGAAUGAGAUUACCCGGAUGAGUAACGUCGCACCUGGAAUAUUCAGAAAAACUCUGAAAGAUGUGCAAGUGAACGGCUAUACGAUUCCGGCUGGGUGGUUAGUCAUGAUUAGCCCCAUGGCAGUCCAUCUAAACCCAACACUCUUUGAGGAUCCACUCAAAUUCAAUCCAUGGAGGUGGAUGACACAUGAUGAGACGAAACGAAGCACGCAGCAGAGGAAUUUCAUGCCGUUCGGAGGAGGCAUAAGGCUUUGUCUAGGGGCAGAGUUCGGCAAACUUUUUAUAUCACUUUUCCUCCACGUCCUAGUGACAAAGUACAGGUGGAAAGAGAUAAAAGGAGGACAAGUCUUGCGUGUUGCAGAGAUGAUAAUACCUCAGGGCUAUCACAUUCAACUUGUUCCUACGACCGAAUGAGAUGAUGUGUCUACAAAUUAUGCUGGUCACUGUAAAUUCCGUAGAGUAAUAAGUGCGCACGGCAAGAAAGUGUGCACUUAUUAGCACUUUCUUGCACAGUACGGUGUCUAUCUUUCUUUCUUUUUAAAAAAAAGGAAACGCAGUACGUACGUUAAGUGGGCAAGAACAUAUUGUAUGUUUGUUUUUUCACUAGUUAUGUGCAAGUAUGGAACUACCUGUGCAAUAAAGAAAGGUAAUACCCUGAGAUGACUGCCGGAGAUGAUUACUUACCACGUGGCAAUUUCUUGAAGGUGCUUAUGGGGUAUAAUGUGCGCGCGUAUAUUCAUAGAAGUGAGUAUGCAUGUGUGGAUAUGUGUUUGGUACUGUUCUGUAUUUUGAAAAGAAAAAUCACAUUAUCAGUACAGAUUUGUAACUUUGAAUGGGUAUAGAUGGUA